AUGCUAACUUUUGAAUGUAAACAGAGCUCAUCAGAAGAACAAAAUGCAGGAAGUUUGAAAGAAGACUACUUCGAUCUUAAUAAUUUUCUGUCUGUGUUUCCAAUGUCAUUGCCACAAUGGUGUCCACCGCACUCUAGUUUAAAAAGAAAUCCGAAUACAGGAGAGGAUGUGUAUUGCAUAUGUAAAAAACCAGAUUAUGGGGAGCUAAUGGUGGGAUGUGACGGUUGUGAUGACUGGUUCCAUUUCACCUGCCUUCAUAUUCCUGAACAGUUUAAGGACUUGGUGUUCUCAUUUUAUUGUCCCUAUUGUCAAACGGGGAUUACUGGCAAAAAUAAGGACGCCAUAAUAAAUGGUGAAAUGAGCUUGCCGAAAACUUUGUGGAAAAGAAAAUGUAGGAUAAGCGAUUGCUACAAACCGUGUUUACAGGAUAGUAAAUAUUGCUCCGAGGAACAUGGUAGAGAUUUUGUGAAUGACAUUUGGUCACGAUUGAAAAUGGAUGAGGAUAGGGCAGUCGUUAAGGAAAUGGUCGAACAAACAGGACACAUAGAUAAAUUCAAGAAAUUUGGACAACUCGAUUUCAUUAAUAAUAAUGCAGUUGUAAAAACCGAUGACGAAAAGGAAAUUUUUGAUCAAAUUGUUGUAAAGGACACGACGUUGAAGACUCUUGAGAAUGAUCUUCAAGAAAUUCAAGAGAUAUCCCUACCAUCAUUCAAAAAAAAGCUAGAACUUUUGGAAGUAUAUUUGGGAUGGUUGGAUAACGUGUAUACGGAAAUGCGGAAGCUGGACGAUGAUGCUGCAAACGGUGCGGAAGGCGGUAAAGAAGAUAUCAAAGGUGCAAAAAGGAAGAAAAAGAAGAAUAGCAGCAGGAGCAGGGCCAGGAGAAACAUAUGCGGCUAUUGUUCUACAUACGAGCGAAUACCCUGCCCUGUGGAGGAAUUCGUCAAAGAGAUUGGGAAUAAUGAGGAGGCUACCAAAAUACAUGAGGUAUGCACGAAGUGGAAGUGUAACAGGCAUUUGGAUUGGGUGUCUACUAAUCAGGAACAAUAUCUCCAGCAGAUUGACUCGUUAGAAUCUAUGCAAGAAAGGUUGCAACAUCUAAUACUGGCAAGAAAAAAGCAACUCAAUAUCCAAUACUAUGAGGAACUAAUAAGAAGAGGUUUAUAG